AUGUCGACUGAUGUCUCAUACCCCGGGGUCAAGGCCGUCGCGACAGCAAUAGGCCAAGUCCUCAACCGCGCGAAGAUUCCCAAUCUUUUGUUUGGCUGGACCGCACUCGCUGUUAUCCUCGUGGACUUUGGAUUCCCCGACAUCGACUUUAUUAUCCCAGACAAGGAGGUCUCGCACGCAAUAAAGGCCCUUACAAAAGCCGGAUACAAACUCUGCACAAGUCCCGACUGCUCCGAGCGCGAUGAAGAUCGAGGCGCGCACCUCGGCAAAGCCCUGAACCGUUUCCACCCCGUCCCAGCAGCACACUUUCACAUAUCCGCAGCUGCUGGUCCAGGAUACGUUCUCUCCCUGCUCAAAAAAGACGAUAUUAUCCCGCACCUUCCCAACCUCAAACUCGGUCUCCCUGAACGAAAGGAAUACGAGCACCUCACGCUCUCCAACGACCCGCGCCUCCCGCCCCGCGCAGAGGGCGGGCCCUCGGGCCCCUGGUACCGUCUGGACCCAGUCCGGGUGCUGCUUGCUCGGACGCUCACAGAGGCCCUUCUGCUUCUCCGCUGCAGACACAUUGACACAAGGCCCGCGCUCGACAAUCUCUGGUGCGACAUGCUGUGGGAGAUCAUGAAGGCGAACCUCUUGAUCACCGGGUUCUCUCAUGAAUUCGAUCACCCGCCCAAGGGGUAUCUGUACCUUUUCUGGCGCAACUAUAUAAUCGCCACGCGAAUCGCGGAUACCACGCCCGAGAACAGCGUCGCCCGGAAGCAGAAGAGUGAUGCUGAAGUGCGGCAGUUUCGGGCUUAUCUGAUUGCGGAUGGUAAGGACCCCAGUGACAAGUAUAGUUGGCUGCGGAAGAAGACCGGGAACUAUGCCUAA